AUGGCAUUCAAGUUCGUCACCCUCUUCGCCUUGAUGGCAGUAGCCAACGCGGGAUUUAUUCCAGCAGCGCCGCUGGCCUACGCAGCGGCGCCGAUAGCCAAAGUCGCCGCUGCCCCACUGCUCACGAAAACCGUCGACGCCGAUUACGAUCCCCACCCGCAGUACAGCUACGCCUACGACGUCCAGGACUCGCUGACCGGUGACUUCAAGAAUCAGCACGAGACUCGCGACGGCGAUCUCGUCCAGGGCAGCUACUCCCUCCUGGAGGCCGACGGAACUCGUCGCACAGUCGACUACACCGCCGAUCCCAUCAAUGGAUUCAACGCUGUUGUCCGGAAAGAGCCAGCCGCAGUCGCUGUGAAAGCCGUUGCUCCUCUCGCCGUCAAAGCUGCUGCGCCAAUUGCCCUUGCGCAGCCGGCUUAUGCCAAAAUUGCUCAUGCACCUAUUGCCGUCGCCGCUCCAGUCGCCAAAUACGCUGCACCCCUUGCCUAUGCUGCACCAGCGGCAUACGCUGCACACGCGACAUACGCUGCACCCGCGGCAUACGCUGCACCCGCGGCAUACGCUGCACCCGCGGCAUACGCUGCACACGCGGCAUACGCUGCACCCGCUGCAUACGCCAAGGUUGCUGCACCCCUUGGAUACGCACCAGGACACAUUGCGUACUCAGCGCCCGCUGCAUACGCCGCUGCACCUGUUCACGCCGCAUAUGCCGCCGCUCCAGCUUACCUCCACUGA